CAUUUUAAAGCAAAUAAGUCAAGUGCAAAAAUAUCUUAAGGAAUCCAAUGACGCGCUCUUUGUCUUUUCAGCACCACGGACAGUUCCAAGCGCGCGCAGCGUCUCAGAGGCGCGCGCUCAACGCAAACUUCACUCAAUGAAUGAAACGUGAACUCCACUGCUGGAAUUCGGUCUUAUUUUAAAUCCAGCAACAGAGUAAACGAAACGGUCACCACGGAUACGAAGAAAAUACGCGGACUUUUAACCACUGUGUCUUUAACAGGAUCCGUUUUGCAUUUGUCAAUGUGAGGUGAGCUGGACUGGACCGGGCAGAUUGUGAUCAAUACAAACUCCACUAUAAAGCGAGAGAUGGAAAUAAUACUUGGUUUUGCCCACUCCUGGUUACAAGUACACUUAUAAUACUAAAGGCUUCCCUCUGCACGUCUUGCCAGCAAGGACCAACGACUGCUAAACAGGUAUUGACCUGUAAAGCAGAGAUCUUUGCACACCAUGGCUCACAGGUCAGCUCAUUUUGCUGGUCACGGCCCAUCCUGGCCCCUUCAUCUCACUCUUCUGCUGCUUCUGUUGGCCAGGACACCCCAAGCUUUGGCUGUACCUGGUUAUAACACUGACACAUCCAAGAAAGAGAUCAUUAUCGAGGGGGACCUAGUGAUCGGUGGCCUGUUUCCUGUUCACCAAAAAGGAGACGGGGCUCAGGACUGUGGCCGUAUCAAUGCCCAAAGAGGCAUUCAGAGACUUGAGGCAAUGCUGCUAGCCCUGGAUGAGAUCAAUCGAGAUGAUCAGAUUUUGCCCGGGGUCACUUUAGGUGCCCACAUUCUUGACACUUGCUCUAAGGACACGUAUGCGUUAGAGCAGUCGCUGGAGUUCGUGCGUGCCUCGCUGACAAAAGUGGACGAUAGUGAGUACACGUGCCCGGAUGGAUCCUAUGCCAUUCACGAUGAUGUUCCUCUCGCUAUAUCAGGAGUGAUCGGAGGUUCCUACAGUGACGUAUCCAUACAGGUGGCCAACCUCCUGCGUCUUUUCCAGAUCCCUCAGAUCAGUUAUGCCUCCACCAGCGCAAAGCUGAGCGACAAAUCCCGCUACGAUUACUUCGCACGAACCGUUCCGCCCGACUUCUACCAGGCCAAAGCCAUAGCUGAGAUCCUGCGCUAUUUUAACUGGACAUACGUCUCCACGGUGGCCUCAGAGGGUGAUUACGGUGAGACGGGCAUUGAUGCUUUUCAGCAGGAAGCUCGGGCCCUGCAAAUCUGCAUUGCCACUUCGGCCAAGGUCAGUCGCUCUAUAGACCGCUACAGUUACGAAGGAGUCAUCAGAUCUCUUCUGCAAAAGUCCAACGCUAAAGUAGUGAUUCUCUUCACAAGAAGCGAAGACGCUAGGGAGCUCCUGGUCGCGGCGAAACGCAUGAACGUCUCUUUCAUCUGGGUGGCCAGCGAUGGCUGGGGGGCUCAGGAGAGUGUGGUGAGAGGAAGCGAGACCGUGGCAGAAGGAGCUUUCACUAUUGAGCUGGCAUCCUACGCUAUUCCAGAGUUCACCUCGUACUUCACGAGCCUCAAUCCGUACAACAACACACGGAACCCCUGGUUCAGGGAAUUCUGGGAACAUAGCUUUCAGUGCAGCCUGCACGACAUCAACUGCGGGAAGCAUUCGCUCCGGGAUGGCAAAUUCGAGCAGGAGUCCAAAAUCAUGUUUGUGGUGAACGCCGUCUACGCUAUGGCCCACGCCUUGCAUCACAUGAGACAGGCCGUGUGUCCGAAUAACACAAAAGUCUGCAGUGCCAUGAAACCAGUAAAUGGAAGGAAGUUAUAUAAGGACUAUAUCUUGAAGACAAAGUUUGAUGCUCCAUUCCGUCCAGCUGAUACAGAGAACAUUGUUCUCUUUGACGCCUAUGGAGACAGCCUGGGUCGCUACAACAUCUUCCAUUAUCACAAAGAGAACGACGAGUAUGUGUAUCGGAAAGUGGGAUACUGGGCCCAAAGUCUGAUUCUGAACACGAGCUCAAUUCCCUGGGAAAGUCAAGGAAUUCCCACUUCCCAAUGCAGCGAUCCUUGCAGGAAAAAUGAAAUAAAGAGCAUGCAGCCGGGAGAUGUCUGCUGUUGGAUAUGCAUCCCGUGUCAGACCUACCAGUACCUCCUGGAUGAAUUCACCUGUGCGGAUUGUAGUUUCGGACAGUGGCCGCUGGAUAACCUGACGGGGUGUUACGACUUACCCGAGGAGUACAUUCACUGGGAGGACGCGUGGGCUAUCGGACCGGUAACCAUCGCCUGCCUCGGAAUCUUCUGCACGCUGUUUGUGAUCGGGCUCUUCCUAAAGCACAAUGAGACUCCGGUGGUAAAAGCCAGCGGACGGGAACUUUCCUACAUCCUUCUGCUGGGCGUCCUGCUUUGCUACUGCAUAACCUUCAUCUACAUCAGCAAACCGUCAGCGGUGGUGUGCACGUUGCGACGGCUUGGUCUGGGCACGUCCUUCGCUGUUUGCUACUCCGCGUUGUUGACCAAGACCAAUCGCAUCGCUCGAAUAUUCAACGGCGUUAAGGACGGAGCGCAGAGGCCAAGAUUCAUCAGCCCUGCUUCUCAGGUGGCCAUCUGUGCUGGUCUGAUUUCCUGUCAGCUGCUGGUUGUGGUGGUCUGGCUUCUGGUUGAGGCUCCAGGGGUGAGAAAGGAGGUCAGUCCCGAGAAAAGAGAUGUGGUGACGCUGAAGUGCAACAGCAAGGACUCUAGCAUGCUGAUGUCUUUAACGUACAACUGCAUCCUCAUCAUCCUCUGCACCUUUUACGCCUUUAAGACUAGAAAGUGCCCCGAGAACUUCAAUGAGGCCAAGUUUAUCGGCUUCACCAUGUACACCACGUGCAUAAUCUGGCUGGCUUUCCAGCCCAUCUUCUAUGUUACUGCCAGUGACUACAGGGUACAGACCACUACAAUGUGCAUCUCUGUGAGUCUGAGUGGUUCAGUAGUACUGGGCUGCCUCUUCGCUCCUAAGAUCCACAUCAUACUCUUUCAGCCCCAGAAGAAUGUUACCACACACAGAGUGGCCGCCGCCCGAUUCAGCGUGACCACUGGUCCCGGCUCUAGCUUCUCCCAAGCGUCAGCCUCCAACACCGUGCCUACAGUAUGUAAUGGUAGAGAGGUAGUGGACUCAACAACGUCUUCACUCUAAGAAACCUGUUUGUCUGCCAAAUGCGGUAUACAGAUAAAUCUUAUCACUAGUCAUGAAAUCAAGUGUUUGAUAUAAUGUUGAGGAGGCUAUUCAGAAUAAAGAUUGCCUGUUAUGUUGUUCUCAACGUGCUGUGAGUACAAUAUCCCAUUUUGUUUCUCUCUCUCUCUCUCUCUCUCUCUCUCUCUCUCUCUCUCUCUCUCUCUCUCUCUGACUAGUUAGAUAAUAUCAGUGGGAUGCCAGUUUAAAUUCUGUAUACCAGUUCUUUUUAUGAAAACCAUAAUAAAGUAUUGUUUGAGAUAUGGAGUUAAAAUGUAGUAAAUCUGUUGAAAGUAUUAUGUACAGGUUGUUUUUAAUGUAGAUUUAUGGUGAUUCUGG